AUGAUGGAUCUGGAACGUCUCGCACGAUCGCGACCUGCCUUCGGACAGAAGAUCCAAGAAAUCGAGUCCCAGAAGUUUUGCUACCUGCCCUUUUACGCCUUUCUGCUGAAACCAAUGCACCGAUUGCUCCAGUAUCGGGCCAUCCUCGAGCGUCUGAUGCGUCAGUACAGCGAGUCUCACGUGGACAUGCAGGAUUGCCGGGGUGAGUCGUCUUCCACGCCCUCCUUGGUUGUGUACCGGCGUUUUUAUCGUGGCAAACCUUCCUUUUUAAUUGAUAUGCCCGCGGAGUCAGGACUGCUCUGCGGACCUGAAGGCGAACUUUCUCCUCGAGACCCCUUCUAG